UUUAGGUGGUGACUCUGCUGAACUUGACAACACUCACAUGACCACCGGGUCUGAUGCAAUUGACCGGCAUAAUCAGCACAACCAUAUGGACAAUGGAGAUGGCUUCACCCAGCAUGAUGACAACAUCCUCGUGGCUGAUGUAGUUGAUGGCAUUACCCAACAUGGUGACCACAACCAGAUUACCAAUGAAGGGGGAGUGGAGAGAAGGGACUGAGGAAAUAAUAUGGGACUUGGCCUCCAAAGGUUAAACCGAACGCGCCAUGGCAAGCUGCAAGUUGUCAUAACUGAAGGGAAUAUAAGGCCAGUGGUUCCUCUUGUUGCUGCAAAGUAUGCAAGUGAAUGCAACAUCAUAGUUAGGAACCAUGUGCCUAUACUCUCACAUUGGAAGCUGUACAAAGAGAGAACCUAGGUCAAGAUCAAAAGAGAAAGAACCAAAAGAGAAAGAACCUGCAUCUGCGAUUCUGCGUACAUCGAUCUAUUCUUAGGAAAACUAAAGGCCAAGUUUGACAUAAACAUAGAUGAUGAGACAGUUGAAAAGGCUUGUAUUGUGAUGAUGAAGUCUGCAGUUCGCCAACAAAGAUACAGGCUGAAGCAAGAAUAUUUUGAUCCUUUUCCACUACGUUUGGUUACAAAAACUUCUCCUGUCAAAUGCAUGACUAAUGAACAAUGGCUUCAACUUUUAGAAUCAUGGAAGAGUCCUAAAAAGAUGGAGAUGUGUCAAAAGAACAAAGAUAACCGAGGGAAUGUUAAGUACCAUCACACAACCGGAUCUCGUGCCUACAUGGUUCAUGUUGAAAAUUUGGAUGAUAAAUAUAAUGAUGAAGAACCUACUGCACUUGAUUUGUUCAAGGUGUGCCACUACAGCAAGAAAAAAAAAUGCUACACCCCUGCUGUACUUGAGGCUAUUACUUGGAUGGAAAACAAGCUAUCUACAACAAAAGAAGGUGAAGAACCUAAGUCCGUGGCUCAUGUUGUUGCUGAUGUGCUUGCUGAGAACACAAAGAAGAAUCAGUUCUUGCAGAACGUGGGGUUUCAGAAUGCCCAGCUUAGAUCUAGUGAAGACACAGAACUGGAAGCGGAGAAAAGGGCCAAUGCUGAACUUCGUGAACAUGUGGCUGAUUUGAAGAGGAGUCAGUUUGAGAUGGCAUCAAAACUUGAUCUUUUGCUUAGUCAAAGUCGACCAAGUUAAGAGAUGCAUAUCCUUUGCCACUAACUACAUGCAUUCUGCUGCUGCUAACUUGUGUCAAGUCAAUUUCGACCAAGUUAAGUCAUACAUGGUGGUAUAUAUUUUGUUGCCGCUGCUUGCAUUUUGCUGCUGCUGCCUGCUGCUGCUGUACGUGUGAGCCUCAAGCUUCUGGACUUGUGCUGAUGUUUUUUGGCACUAUUUUGUUUCUGCUGCUACUGUACUUGUGCGAGUAAAGCUGCUAGACUUGUGUUGCAUGCUGCUGCCGUAUGUUGGCACUAUUUUGCUGUUGUUGCUGCAUUUUGCAUCAAGCUGCUAGCCUUGUAUGCAUCUCUUGGAGUUUGUAUUAUUGGCUUGUGCCAUGGUAAAUUGUAAGGUUAUAUGCACUUUUGUAUGUCAACUGUUGAGAUGAAGACUUGUCUAAUGAUCUAUGAAAAUUUAUGUGAUCUGUU